CUAAUUUGUGCUUGAUCAAAAAUGGACGUGUGUCACAUCACAAUCUACAUUUAUUUAAUGAUCACAACAUCUGUAUCUCCAUCAGAAGGUAUUUCAUUUCCUUUUUCCCCCAUCCUCACACUGAUUACAUUAAGUAAAGUAUUUUGCAAAUGGUUAUAAAGAAUAUUUCUUUUUUUAUUAUUAUUAUUUCCUCUGGGAUCUAAAAAAGCUUACUAAUUCUUAAUUUAAACAGAAAAGUGACUUGCUUUCAUUAUUUAGAAUUUUCUUUUUUUAUUUUGAGAAUUUUAAAUUGAUGAGAUGAAUGGUAGCAGUGUGAUUAUGUAGUUAUUAGAAAUACAAAAGUACUGGUGGAGUACAUCAGAUGAUUAGCCAUGUGAGAUCACUUUUUUGUAUUAUUUUUGGUCAAUAGGUGAUUCUUUGGAGAUUUUUCCAGCGCAAAUUUUUGGACCUUCCACAGCAAAAGUUGGGGAAAAUGUAACAUUAACGUGUCUCAUCUCUAACAUUCAGAGCUCAAAUACAGAUAUUCACAUGUAUUUGUGUAAAAAUGGAGUUGGAGAGAGAUUAGAAAUACUUGGAAAUAAAACUGAGCGCACCUUCACUUUGAGGAAUAUUUCAUUACGGGACUCUGGUACCUACAGUUGCGUGUACUCAUUUACAAAAUAUCUUCCAAAGAAUGUCACAGGAUCAGGAAAUAAUUCCAUCCAUGUCCGAGUCACAGGUGAUUCUAUGAAGAUUUUUCCAGCACAAAUUUUUGGACCCUCCGCAGCAAAAGUUGGUGAAAAUGUAGCAUUAAAGUGUCUCAUCUCUAACAUUCAGAGCUCAAAUACAGAUAUUCACAUGUAUUUGUGUAAAAAUGGAGUCGGAGAGAGAUUAAAACUACUUGGAAAUAAAACUGAGCGCACCUUCACUUUGAGGAAUAUUUCAUUACUGGACUCUGGUACCUACAGUUGUGUGUACUCAUUUACAAAAUAUCUUACAAAGAAUGUCACAGGAUCAGGAAUGAACUCAAUCCAUGUCCGAGUCACAGGUGAUGCUUUGGAGAUUUUUCCAGCACAAAUUUUUGGACCUUCCACAGCAAAAGUUGGUGAAAAUGUAGCAUUAACGUGCAGCAUCUCUAACAUUCAGAGCUCAAAUACAGAUAUUCACAUGUAUUUGUGUAAAAAUGGAGUUGGAGAGAGAUCAGAAAUACUUGGAAAAAAAACUGAGCGCACCUUCACUUUGAGGAAUAUUUCAUUACUGGACUCUGGUACCUACAGUUGCGUGUACUCAUUUACAAAAUAUCUUACAAAGAAUGUCACAGGAUCAGGAAAUAAUUCCAUCCAUGUCCGAGUCACAGGUGAUUCUAUGAAGAUUUUUCCAGCACAAAUUUUUGGACUCUCCGCAGCAAAAGUUGGUGAAAAUGUAGCAUUAAAGUGUCUCAUCUCUAACAUUCAGAGCUCAAAUACAGAUAUUCACAUGUAUUUGUGUAAAAAUGGUGUUGGAGAGAGAUUAGAACUACUUGGAAAUAAAGAUGACCACACCUUCACUUUAAAGAACAUUUCAUUACUGGACUCUGGUACCUACAGUUGCGUGUACUCAUUUACAAAAUAUCUUACAAAGAAUGUCACAGGAUCAGGAAUGAACUCAAUCCGUGUUCGAGUCACUGGUGAUUCUUUGGAGAUUUUUCCAGCACAAAUGUUUGGACCCUCCACAGCAAAAGUUGGUGAAAAUUUAGAGUUAAAGUGUCUCAUCUCUAACAUUCAGAGCUCAAAUACAGAAGUGUACAUGUAUUUGUGUAAAAAUGGUGUUGGAGAGAGAUUAGAACUACUUGGAAUUAAAGAUGAGCACACCUUCACUUUGAGGAAUAUUUCAUUACGGGACUCUGGUACCUACAGUUGCGUGUACUCAUUUAUAAGAUAUCUUACAAAGAAUGUCAAAGGAUCAGGAAUGAACUCAAUCCGUGUCCGAGUCACUGAUCUAAGCCAUGAAGUUAUGGUCACUGAAACAUAUGAUCCACUGUUGGAGAGAAAUAUUUUACGAUUAGUAUUCUCGGUCGGAGUGAUCAUUUUUGCAUGUUUCAUCGUGAUUUUCGACUUCAAGACAAGGUCACGUUCUUCCAGAAAGUUCACCGGCUCAGACAAAGCCAAGGAUAGAAAUAACUCAUAAAAUUCAACAUGUUUAGUCUGAUGUCAACAUUUUGUUUGUAUUUCAUUUUUUAAGUCACUUUGGAUAAAAGCAUCUGUUAAAUGAAUAAAUUUAAUGUAAUGUAACGUAAAUGUCAACAUU